GUGCCGUGCGUGCGUGCGUGCGUGCGCGCUCAUGAAGGGUGGGUUUACAACCACGCGGCCCCACCGGCACGAGCACGCACACAGACAAAGGCACGAGAGGGAGAGGUAGCGGUGGCAGCUCGCGAUCCUGCAGUAUCCACACCCACCCGCGCGAGCUCCACACACAAGGACUGUCACACGCGCUCAUACCGGCAGCUUCACCGUUACCCAUAAUUCCACAGUGCCUGAGACCAUCGCCAUGGAGCUAGAUUUCGGACACUUCGACGAGCGGGACAAGACGCACCGCAAGAAGCUGGAGAAGAACGGGCUGCCGAGCCCGACGCACAGCGCCCACUGCAGCUUCUACCGCACGCGCACCCUGCAGGCGCUCAGCAACGAGAAGAAGGCCAAGAAGGUUCGCUUCUACCGGAACGGGGACCGCUACUUCCGCGGCAUCGUCUACGCCAUCGCCAGCGAGCGCUUCCGCACCUUCGACGCCCUGCUGGAGGACCUGACCCGCUCGCUCGCCGACAACAUCAACCUGCCGCACGGCGUCCGCUUCAUCUUCACCAUCGACGGCGCGUGCAAGAUCAGCAGCCUGGACCAGCUGGAGGAGGGUGAGAGCUACGUGUGCGCUUCAGAGAACUACUACAAGAAAGUGGACUACACCAAGAACGUCAACCCAAACUGGUCGGUCAACGUGAAGGCCAUUCAGAAGAACGCGGCCAGCCGCUUGGCGAGCGAAGUGCGCGAGACCAAAGACUUCAUCCGGCCCAAGCUGGUGACGGUGAUGCGCAGCGGCGUGAAGCCCAGGAAGGCCGUCCGCAUCCUGCUGAACAAAAAAACUGCUCACUCCUUCGAACAAGUGCUCACCGACAUCACCGAGGCCAUCAAACUGGAGAGCGGAGCCGUCAAGAGGAUCUACACGCUGGAUGGAAAACAGGUGGCCUGCCUGCAGGAUUUCUUCGGUGAUGACGACGUGUUCAUCGCUUGUGGACCUGAGAAGUUCCGAUACGCUCAGGAUGAUUUCUCUCUGGAUGAGAACGAAUGCAGGGUGAUGAAAACCCCUAAAGGACAGAGAGGAUCCACCAAGAGUCCCGGUCCCAUCCGCCGCUGUAAAUCCCCCGCCGAGUCCACUAAUGGAACAGGUUCCAGCAGUCAGCUCUCCACUCCAAUCUCCAAACAGUCGCCCAUCUCCACCCCCACCAGCCCUGGAAACGCCCACAAGCAGAAGGAUCUGUACCUGCCCCUCUCUCUGGAGGAUGACAACGAAUCACAGGGGGAAUCCAUGUAAGCCCCUCCCACCUCUGCCGAGACCAACUCCACCCGCCGAUCACAGACGUACCUGUGCUGUCCUGACAUGUUCACCGUCGCUCCCUGGCAGUGUGGAGCGGCUUCACGGUCCUGACCCGCAGCUUCAGCACGGCCGGGCCUCCGGGCGGCGGCUUCUCCUCUUAUUUUCUGCUGCUUGUGAAUUCGUCGCCUCCGUCUCCGCACCUUCCUGCGUUGGUUUCCCUCUUUUGUAAGAAUAUUUAAGAGUUGUUGUGUAUUUGCGGGGCGGAUACACGACGCUAAACGAGCGGCGCGCUCGCGUUUUUAUCCAGCGUUUCCUUUUCUGCAUUUUUUAGAGGAAAAAUCCUGAUAUCAGAUGUACAGUUUGUAAUUUUGGUGCAUUUCAUAUCGGCGUGUCUGUGGUGGCUCGUGUUCCUGUUGUUGAUUUUGUUUGCUGGUCACUUUACAGAUUUUCAGACCUGGUUUUUAUGGUUUUUAUGGUUUUUUGGUGCUUGGGUUUUUCUCUUGAGAAUUCUGAGCAGCAAAAGAACGUUUUUACUAACGAUGUAUCGUCCGACCCGUACAAACCGCUUUUAAUGAAUCUUUAUUUUAUAAUCCUCUCUGUGUGAGUGAACCUCGCUGUGGUUCCAUGAUUUCAGUCCGGACUGGGCACGUGCGGAUGUUCAGAUCCUCAAAAUUAUAAACAAACACCCACCAAAAAUCACUCACAAUUAUUCUCUAGGUUUUAAGCUUCUGCUCCCUCAGAUCAUGUAAACUAACCAACACUAGCGAGUACGUCCUUUAAACGGAUCAUUUUUGGAACAAAGUGUGAGGUCACUGAAGGCACGGACUUACUGCGUUUAAAAUAGACGUGAUCAGAUUGGAAAUGGGAAUGAAGCCCAUUAUUACAUUUACAUUUUCAGCAUUUAGCGGACGCUUUUAUCCAAAGCCACGUACAGUACUGUGACAGUAUGUUGUCUCAGCAAUUGAGGGUAAAGGGCCUUGCUCAAGGGCCCAACAGUGUUAGCCUGGCAGUGGUGGGGCUUGAACAGUAGUCCAGUACCUUAACCGCUAGGCCACAACUGCUAUCACCACAAUUUAUGAUUUUAGCUGAAGCUAAAUUAAGAUUUAGGAUUUAUUAGCAGUUUUUAGAUAAAGGGUCGAUGCACAAAGUUUGUUUGGGUAUGAACAGUUCUGCUCUGUUAGUCAGUACGUCCUCUAAAUAAAUAUUUCUUGGAACAAAUCGUGAGGUCACUAAAGCCAGAAACGUGCUGUUUUCCACUAAAUGGGUGUGAUCAUGUUGAAAAUGGGAACGUAGCCCCUUUUUACGCAGCUUGUAGCAUUUUCACCAUGAUUUAACAUUCUAAGCUAAGUCUACAAUUUAUUAGUAGUUUGUAAAUCAGAGGUUGAUACACAAAGUUUUCUUUGUUGCUUCUGAGUCGGUUGUAAGCAGUCUAGAUUAACGUGACGCUUAUAGACAGUAAAAAGCACAAAAGUCCAUCAUUAGUGCAUCAUAACUAUCACAACCCCCGAGUGACUGAGAACCAGGCUGCAACAUUUCUCUGUUAUUUAUUUAAACUACAUUUAUUUAAAAGCCUGAUUUUAUCUACAGUUACACCCCCAGCGAUUACUCUUAAAUAUCGUGAUGUACCGUAUCAUCGAUCAUCAGCACGUGCCGAGUCCCGACGCUCACCACAGCGGUUCAUCACCUCCGAACCUCUCAGAACUUUCUAAAGAAAACAAGGGGAAUAAUUUAGUGUUCCAACAGUGUUUUAGUACAAAAAUACUAAAUAAAAAUAAUAAAAAAAACAAGCAAAAAAAGAUGAAAGGCGUGUCCAAACCAAAGCCAUAAGAUUGGGAUCCUUCACAUAAUAAUAAUAAUAAUAAUAAUAAUAAGCAGCUUCGUUUAUCAUCCAGUUUUAUAUCUAAUAAACCGUCACACAGAAAUAAACCAUCAGGACGAAACGUUCACGCUGAGGGAGGAUUUGAACCCUCUCAUGUUUAAACGUUAAUCUGUUCAUCUUCAGGUGGAGGUUCACAUGUACGCACGGAUCAGACUCGAGCGCUGACGCUAAUCUUUUACUUUCGGUCGCGAGGACGUCGGGAUUAAACGCCAGGUUUGUUUUUGCAUGGCGGUUUUUUUUAUUCUGUCUUAAGAGAACCAGCGGAGAACGUGGAAUUGUUUAUGCUAAUGCUAACUGUCUUAAAUUUAAUGUAACACACACACACACACACACACACACACAUGAUGUCAUAACUUCCUGUUCCCAUAACAACCAACAUAAUAACAUAAAUGUACAAAGUAAGAAAAUAAUCUCGUGGUUUUUCACACAUUAUAACAUCAUCGUUCUUCUGAUUGUUCGGCGUGUGCUGAUACUCAAACGAUGGGACGUUUUGGGGCGCUGCCCGAGUUCCCAGGGUUCGAAUCCUGAGCUGGACUCACAUCCACAGAAGGUGCCUGGUGUUAUGUGAACCUAGGCAUUGUUGGGAUGCAUCAGUGCGCUCUUAGUGCAGGUCCCAAACCCAGAUAAACAGAAGGGUUGCAUCAGUCGGGGCGUCUAAAUAUUUAUGUUUUAAAAAAGACGCUGCAGUAACGCUGUGAUAUUUUAUAUACGAGGGAUCUUCAGAAAGUUUCCUCACGUGUAUAUUGUGGUUCUGCUCGGUGAGGGUGGAGGAGGAAUCGGGCGUGUCUGAGAGACGCUUAUAGUCGGGAUUUAGCUCCGUCUGAUUUACACCUUUUUGGAGGCUGAAAGAAGCUUUAAGGGGAGGAUAAUUUUCAUGUGAUGACUUUUAUCUGACGGCAUUAAAAAGUCGGUACGAUGCUGGAAAAAUGCAUCAGCAGGGACGAUGUAGAAAAAUGAUGAAGUUUGUUUUUAUAAUUUUUAAUAAAGAGUUAAAAAAAAAGUGUGGAAACUUUUUGAAGACCCUCGUAUAUCGUGAUUAUCAGUGAUUAUCGGUACAUGCCUAGUGAAUCAUGUUUCCGUCUGAUUGGUGCACACCAUGAUGAAGGGGGCGGGAUGUGAACGUGUCACUUCCUGCGGUGCCUUUUUUUUAGCUUUUCUGUAUUUUUACUUCAUUAUUAAAAGGUCGUUCUCCUCCGCUGUCUCUCUGUCUCUGGAUCUGGUUUGUAGAUUAAAAUCUCAUACGGUGCAGAAUUUUCUUCUCACACUUCUGGAUCCUUCGGUUCAGUUUGGGGAUGAACUUUGAACUUCCUCUAAUAAUAACAAUAAACAUAAUAAUAAUGAUGAUGAUGUUUUUCCUGCCGUGUCAUUGUGACUUUUUCAGUGAUUCCUUCAUUCUGUGUAUCAACUUUUCAAUAAAAUUACCA